AUGCCCCGCUCAAGUGACGAGUCGAGCCUGGCUCUCCCCCUCCCACCAGUCGCGACUCAAUCUGCACCACCAGCAGACAAUGCGGCAGUUGAAUCGUCAAGCUUAGCUCUCCCCGAUGCUCCAGCUGGGACUGAAUCUGCAACACAACCCGAGAACCUCACAGUCGGAUCGUCGACCCUCGCCCUCUCUCCUCCUCGAGAUGGGAUUCAAUCCGCAACACAAGCUAAGGACACUGCAGUUGGCUCUGCCAGUGCUCAGGCAAACGCGCAGGAAACCCCAUUCAAAAACUGUUGCGUUGCGAUCUGCGGCCACCAUGAGCCACUCAAGACAGACGCUCUGAAGGCAAUGGUCAUUGGACUCGGUGCGAAGUAUUCGAGGAUUGUGCGAGCCAGCACGACCCAUCUGAUUACGACCGAAAGGGAAAUAGACAAUGAGGCCAAGCAGGUUGUUCGCUCUCGGGACGUCCAGACCUGCGAGGUCGUGUCUCUUCCUUGGCUUCUGGACUCAAGGGACGCCGGUCGCCCACUGCCAGCCAGCCGUUACCGUCUGGUCAAACCGACUCCUCUCGCAGCCGAACCAAACACCAAUGAAGCAAUUGCCCCGCGUCAUGGCCAGGUUGCUCGACCCGAGACACACGAGGAUGAAAGCGAGGAUGCUCCCGAGAGGCCAAACAAGCAUCGAAAGAUCAGACAUGCCCGUGAUGAGGCAGAAGUCCAGGCUCAGGCUCAAACUGUCGCUGCUACCGCAGAAGCCCAUCCCACCCCUGUCCCGGAGCACGCUCAGCCCCAAGCUGCUGUACGAACAGCCUAUGCCGUUCAAACCGCACAUUACGAAGCAGCCAUCAACAACUCCAUAAACAAUUGGCACCUACCAGGAUGGCGUUCAGCCGGGCCCCAGCCUAUUCACCACAACGUUCACGCUGCAGCGAAUUUGACCGCGGUCCCUGGACCUCAGCCAACUCGCAGUUACCACAACCAGGCCAUGCUGAACCCGUUCCCCGCGCACCAUCCAGAGCCGGCAUGGCGCCAGGGCGCACAGCAACGCAUUCACAAUCACAACGCUGCGGGCAAUCGAAUGCAAAUCCUGGGAGGGCCACUCCACCCUCGUUUCAAUGGGCGGACAGUCUGGCCGCAGGGUACACACCAGCCCUUUUACUACUAUGGCGAUGAGGAGAAUCACGUUCCGAACCCUGUCCCUGUCCCUGCCCCUGUCCCUGCCAACCCAUUUGCGCGGCGUGCCUUCGAAUGGCUUCGCCAAAACCGCGAUCGCAACCGCAACCAGUGA